CCUGUUGGGCGAGAAAAGAAUAAAUUAUAUUCUAAGAUUCAAUAUCGAGUUCAACGUAAACUCAUUUGCGUGCAUAAAACUAGCUUCAAUGCGAGAAACAGAUGCAAUAUCAUUCGCUACAACAGUGCCAAAGUUGUGUUUAGUUUUGGAGAAGGCGAAUCAUUCAGUUACACCACAGGUUUUGUCAUUUUUGGACCAUCAUGUUGUCCUUACACGUUGGUGAUCAGCUUAAAGAUAGCGAGGAAAAAGGCAAGAUGCAAAGUUAUAGAAGCAUCGAACAGCUAGAAGCCUUGGCGGCCUCUCCGAGUGGAAUUACCAUCAAGGACCAUGAAACGUUGAUUCAAGAGCUGAAGAAAGAAAACUUCGAUUUGAAGCUCCGACUGUACAUGGAACAGAAAGAAAGAGAGCGGGUCACCGAGGAGUUUAAGCAAAAAAUUGUAGUUUUGGAAAGUGAUCUGACAGAAGCUCUCGAUGAAUUAAGCGACGCUCUAGACCGAGAGAAAGAUUUCGAGGCUGCUUUGGAAAGCUCGCAAAUGCGGGAAAAGGCAUUGCUUGCUAAGCAACGUCGAAUGGAGGAAACUUGCCGUGAACAAGAAAACGAAAUUCAAUUUCUUACUUUGACAAAGAAGGACAAGGAUAAAGAGAAAGAGAAGGAGAAGCCACACGUGGAGGCACAGACAGCCGAGGUGGGAACCAUGACCGAUUUUCCAUUUUACAGCGAAAGAGCGGUGGAUGUGGGUAGUUUCAGUGAGAGUGCAGCUUUCAGCGAAGUUGAUUUGAAAGAUUCUGCCGAGAGCCCCAACCCGAGCCCAACCCAAACCGAGCAACGACCCGAGGGCGUGGAUCUGUUGAACACAGGGACGCUUCUUCGGAAAAAGGACAUGAUAAUGAGAGAAGCUAAGCGCCGCCGAACAGCAAGAUCUAAGAAAGGCCAACGAAGGAAUGUCGCUGGUAAAUACGACACAGGGCCGGAAUAUGAAAAAGAACGAGCUCGGGCGGAGAGAAAAUCAUUCUUCAAUAAAUUGUGUUGUUGUGUGAAGCAGCAAAGUGCUGAAUAUGAGGUGGAUCCUGACUAUGAAUACGAAAAAAGAUCAAGAAUGCGCCGCAAGAAGUAACAAUUCAAAAUACUGCAUAGCUAGUUAACCUUUAUCUUUACCAUCGAUCGUAAACCGUCGGAGUGACCGACCUCGCACGAAGUGUCAACGAACUGGCGGAGAACAAUUUUCAACGAUGUGAAUUCUUAGCUGAAAUGAACAGAAAUGGAAGGUAGAUUUAUAGAAGUAACUUCUCUUCGUAGCAAAUCGCAGUGCGAUUUUUCGGUCCACCAGUCUAGUUUUGAAGCGAUUUUCACGAAAUUUCAUGAUGAACUAAAACUUGUAAAUACCAUGUUUUUUUUUUUAAUUUCCGUGCCUCAGAGGGAAGAGCAUUCAUUACGUCAUUUUGAACGAUGUGCUUCCAAUGCUCUGAGGUGAUUUUAACCACAUGAGAAAGAAAAUUUUAUAAGGGACAUAAAACUUAAAAUUUUUUAAUAAUGUUCAACGAGUUACUUUUCGUAUCACGAUCAUGUAAGCCCACACAAAUGUUUCCACUUAAGUUCACGUGAUAAAGUGACUAAUAAGUAACUUCUCACAAUUGAAUUGACAAGAAUUGAAAAGCGCAUCAGCCAUUGUAUGCUAUCUUAAAGCAAUACCGAUUCUUUAAUAACCAUACAGUCUUCAACACUCAGAUUUUCAGUGCUGAAAUAAGUCGAAUACGAAGGUAAACCGUGCCUAUGAAGAAUUAUUGUUGUUGGUUUUUUUGUAUGAAUAGCGUUACAAUAGUGUCUUCCUAUGUCAAGAACUUGCUUUAAAGUUUUUUCUCUCUGUUUGAUAGUUUAUUGGAGCAAUUGAGCGCCGAUCGCAUCGGAAUUGCAUUGGUUUUGCUCACUUUGCUCUGUGAUUGGUUCAGAAAACUCGCGCCACUUUCUUGACCAAUCAGAUGCAAAACUGACACCAAUCAUGACCUGGGUCGCGUGCGUUUUCCCGCGCUUCACGCGGUUUGCUUGUUUUUACUUUGAGUUUUCAUCAGCUCUUCAAGGUAUUUUUCCUCUCUUUUGAUUGGCAGUUGAAAUUUCUUGUUUUUGUUUUUUUGUUUUUGUAUUUUUUCUUUUUUACGACAUACAUUUGAUCAAGAAGCGGCUUUUACUUAAAAAUUCGUAUAAGGAAAGGCAUAAGACAUAGUAGAUCCUAAAAAUUUAAGUUACAAAAGCAGAGUAGAGAGAAAGCUUGCGUCGAGAAAGACUGAAUUGGGACCUCAAUAUUCGGGAUGAAAAAUAUUUGUUUUAAGGGGAUUUUGAAGUUGUGCUUCUUUGCCAAAAAUGGAAUUAUAAAUAUUAACGGACACGUUUGUAGAUAAGAUAAGGGGAUAAAUAAAUGGAAUUCUACAUAUACAUUUACACUAAUCUAACAAGAAAAAAGACUUCUGAAGAAACAAUAUUUUAUUGGCAAGCCUCGGCGAAAAGCGCCUAUAAUUUUCUUUAGGCUUAUAGAUCUAUUUUAAAAAAAAAAUUGACAAACGAUAAUGCAUAUUUAAAACCAUGGUAAUGAUUUUGAGUUUUACGUAACUGUACAUUAAAUUUCGUCAAAGCAGGUGACAUGAAACAUUUCUGCUGUGUAUAUACCCAUUAAUUUAGAAUAAAUUUAUGAAGAAGCUUUCAA